UCUCAGAGGUAUAUAAAUAUGGGAUUGUACCAUCCUGUGAUCCAGUGUAAGGAGCACGUCCUCGAUACAUCAACAACAUCCCGGUGUACACGUCAGACCUGCACAUUUAGAAGAAUGGCUUAUCUACUCACUAUUGCCCUCUUGUGGAUGAUAUCCAGCACUGCUGCACAGGACAAUGAUCAAUAUAAAAACAUCGCUCUUCGAGGACGGGCUACCCAGUCUUCUGUCUACUCGUAUUUAAAUGUUGCCAUAAAUGCAAUCGAUGGCAAUCAGGAUCCUAACUUCUACCACGGCUCUUGUUCUUGCACAAAUGCUGACGUGUCUCCAUGGUGGAGGGUCGAUUUGUUGAGCGAGCACAAAAUUUCUAAAAUAGUCAUCACAAACAGGGGAGAUUGCUGCGGCGAGAGACUGGAUGGCGCCAUGAUUCUUAUCGGCGACUCAUUGGAAAACAAUGGAAAUAACAACCCAAGCUGUGCAGUGGUCACAUACUUACCGAAUGCUGCUACUCAAAGCUUCCAAUGUAACGGCAUGACCGGCCGGUACGUCAACAUCGUUUUACCCGGAAAACAAACAUAUCUCCAGCUUUGUGAAGUUCAGGUCUUCGGAACUCCUGUGUCUUCUGGUGAACGAAUUUUUGAAACUAUGAUUUGCUUUGACGGACUGGUACACGAAACCGAGGCGUGGAUAAUGUGGAGCAUUUCCAAGGCACCAGAUAGACGCAUGGCCGUCUUGGAAGGACCUGAUGACUCUGAAAAUAACAGGGAGCAACAGGAAAAAGGGGAUGGCAUUGGCAAUGGUAAAACAUCCACUGUUUUUACCAAUCGACCACCACAAGACCCAGAAGCUGUAAUGCUUGCACUAGAUAGUGGCACGGAAAGGGGUGAUAAGGAGAGACAAGAUGGAAGGGGUGAUAAGAAGAGACACAAGGAACGGGAUGAUAAGGAGAAACACAAGGAAAGUGGUGAUAAGGAGAGACAAGAUGGAAGGGGUGAUGAGGAGAGACACAAGGAAAGGGGUGAUAAGGAGAGACACAAUGAAAGGGGUGAUAAGGAGAGACACAAGGAACGGGAUGAUAAGGAGAGACACAAGGAAAGGGGUGAUAAGGAGAGACACAAGGAAAGGGGUGAUAAGGAGAGACACAAGGAAAGGGGUGAUAAGGAGAGACACAAGGAACGGGAUGAUAAGAAGAGACACAAGGAAAGGGAUGAUAAGGAGAGACACAAGGAACGGGAUGAUAAGAAGAGACACAAGGAAAGGGAUGAUAAGGAGAGACACAAGGAACGGGAUGAUAAGGAGAGACACAAGGAAAGGGGUGAUAAAGAGAGACAUGAGGGAACUGGUGAUGGGGAAAGUGACCAGGGAAGAGGUGAUAAGGAGAGACACGAGGGAAGGGGGGAAGGAGAUGUAAAGAGUUUGGGGAAAGCCAUGAGAAACGACUUCUAUCGUAGAAGAAUGGCCUUUCUACUCACUAUCGCCAUCUUGUGGAUAAUUUCCAGUGUUGUAGGAGAGAACUACAAUGGGGAUAGAAACAUCGCUCUUCGAGGACGGGCUGCGCAGUCUUCUAUCUACUCGCAUUUAAAUGUUGCUAUAAAUGCAAUCGAUGGCAAUCUGGAUUCUAACUUCAAUCAUGGCUCUUGUUCCUGCACAACUAUUGAGAUGUCUCCAUGGUGGAGGGUGGAUUUGUUGACCUCCUACCAAAUUUCUGAAAUUGUGAUCACAAACAGAGGAGACUGCUGCGGGCAGAGACUUAAUGGUGCCUUGAUUCUAGUUGGUGACUCACCGGAAAAUAAUGGAAAUAACAAUCCAAGAUGUGCCGUGGUUACCUACACACCGAAUGUCAAUACUCUAAAAUUUCAGUGUAAUGGCAUGACUGGCCGAUACGUCAAUGUUAUCAUACCAGGAAGAGCUGAAUAUCUUCAACUUUGCGAAGUACAGGUGUUUGGCGCUCCUGUGUCUAACACUGGCCAUGUUUGCUUUUAAUUAAAUAACAGUUACAGAGGCUGAGAAGAGACAUGCGUCCAUCAAGUUCAGCCUUUUACACAUCGUUUUUUUGUGGUUGAUCCAAAAGGAGGCAAAAUACCCAGUUUAAAGCUCUUCUAAUUUUGCAACAAACGAGUAACAUUUCCUUAUUAAAUAAUACCUAAAGCUUCAAUAAACAAUAUUUCAGAUAUAUGA